ACCUACCUCUAGCGGUGGCAGAGACCAUCUUCCACGUCUGUCCUCCCAGCACAGGGCUUGGAACUCAGUCAGUGUAGUAAAGACCCAAUGGUAGAAAUGAUGGAAACACAGCUAUCCCUCCUAGAUCGGUCCAGGUGUCUUUGUGUACCCCUGCCAUCCUCCUUCCUGGUUAACUCCUGCCAAUCCUUUGGCUCUCUCCGGUGGCUGAGCCACUCUCCCGGCUCCUGGCUCCUGAUACUUAUGUUGUAGUGAUCACACCUCUCUCUCCACCUUGACACUCCCACUCACAGUUCUGCACAGAGUGCCUGGCACGUACGGAGUCGGUGCUCGUUGGUGGCUGGCUGACUGUCAGAGAUGAUGGGUGGAUUUGAUGUUUGAGUUGGAAUCUGGGCAGAGGCUGGACUCUGCUUGUCCCAGCCACCCCACUGUGGCUCAUCUCUUGCCACUUCCCCCCUCUGGCUCUGGAUCUAGCCAUGCCAAGCCCCAAAGCCUUCUCCGGAUGCCAUGACCUCUCUCCUCCAGGGAGGCAGCGUCCAUGGAGCAAAAGGAAUGCCAGGACCCUGCCCAGGCCGACGCAGGCCAGCCUCAGCACCAACAGCCGACGCGCAGAUAGCAGAGCCGUCCCUGGGGUUAAACCAUGAUUCCGGUGACGGAGCUCCGCUACUUUGCGGACACGCAACCAGCAUACCGGAUCCUGAAGCCGUGGUGGGAUGUGUUCACAGACUACAUCUCUAUUGUCAUGCUGAUGAUCGCCGUCUUCGGGGGGACGCUGCAGGUCACCCAAGACAAGAUGAUCUGCCUGCCUUGUAAGUGGGUCACCAAGGACUCCUGCAAUGACUCGUUCCGGGGCUGGGCAGCCCCUGGCCCGGAGCCCACCUACCCGAACUCCACCAUUCUACCGACCCCUGACACAGGCCCCACAGGCAUCAAGUAUGACCUGGACCGGCACCAGUACAACUAUGUGGACGCCGUGUGCUACGAGAACCGGCUGCACUGGUUCGCCAAGUACUUCCCCUACCUGGUACUCCUGCACACGCUCAUCUUCCUGGCCUGCAGCAACUUCUGGUUCAAAUUCCCGCGCACCAGCUCGAAGCUGGAGCACUUUGUGUCUAUCCUGCUGAAGUGCUUCGACUCGCCCUGGACCACAAGGGCUCUGUCGGAGACGGUGGUGGAGGAGAGCGACCCCAAGCCGGCCUUCAGCAAGAUGAAUGGCUCCAUGGACAAGAAGUCCUCGACCGUCAGUGAGGAUGUGGAGGCCACCGUGCCCAUGCUGCAGCGGACCAAGUCACGGAUCGAGCAGGGCAUCGUGGACCGCUCGGAGACGGGCGUGCUGGACAAGAAGGAGGGGGAGCAGGCCAAGGCGCUGUUUGAGAAGGUGAAGAAGUUCCGGACCCACGUGGAGGAGGGGGACAUUGUGUACCGCCUCUACAUGCGGCAGACCAUCAUCAAGGUGAUCAAAUUCAUCCUCAUCAUCUGCUACACAGUCUACUACGUGCACAACAUCAAGUUCGACGUGGACUGCACCGUGGACAUUGAGAGCCUGACAGGCUACCGUACCUACCGCUGUGCCCACCCCCUGGCCACGCUCUUCAAGAUCCUGGCAUCCUUCUACAUCAGCCUGGUCAUCUUCUAUACGCUGUGGUGGAUGCUGCGGCGCUCCCUCAAGAAGUACUCGUUUGAGUCGAUCCGAGAGGAGAGCAGCUACAGCGACAUCCCCGACGUCAAGAACGACUUCGCCUUCAUGCUGCACCUCAUCGACCAGUACGACCCGCUGUACUCCAAGCGCUUCGCCGUCUUCUUGUCGGAGGUGAGUGAGAACAAGCUGCGGCAGCUGAACCUCAACAACGAGUGGACGCUGGACAAGCUCCGGCAGCGGCUCACCAAGAACGCACAGGACAAGCUGGAGCUGCACCUGUUCAUGCUCAGUGGCAUCCCCGACACCGUGUUUGACCUGGUGGAGCUGGAGGUCCUGAAGCUGGAGCUGAUCCCCGACGUGACCAUCCCGCCCAGCAUCGCCCAGCUCACAGGCCUCAAGGAGCUGUGGCUCUAUCACACAGCGGCCAAGAUUGAGGCACCCGCACUAGCCUUCCUGCGCGAGAACCUGCGGGCGCUGCACAUCAAGUUCACGGACAUCAAGGAGAUCCCGCUGUGGAUCUACAGCCUGAAGACGCUGGAGGAGCUGCACCUGACGGGCAACCUGAGCGCGGAGAACAACCGCUACAUCGUCAUCGACGGGCUGCGGGAGCUCAAACGCCUCAAGGUCCUGCGGCUCAAGAGCAACCUGAGCAAGCUGCCGCAGGUGGUCACAGAUGUGGGCGUGCACCUGCAGAAGCUGUCCAUCAACAAUGAGGGCACCAAGCUCAUCGUCCUCAACAGCCUCAAGAAGAUGGCGAACCUGACUGAGCUGGAGCUGAUCCGCUGCGACCUGGAGCGCAUCCCACACUCCAUCUUCAGCCUUCACAACCUGCAGGAGAUCGACCUCAAGGACAACAACCUCAAGACCAUUGAGGAGAUCAUCAGCUUCCAGCACCUGCACCGCCUCACCUGCCUUAAGCUGUGGUAUAACCACAUCGCCUACAUCCCCAUCCAGAUCGGCAACCUCACCAACCUGGAGCGCCUCUACCUGAACCGCAACAAGAUCGAGAAAAUCCCCACCCAGCUCUUCUACUGCCGCAAGCUGCGCUACCUGGACCUCAGCCACAACAACCUGACCUUCCUCCCCGCCGACAUUGGCCUCCUGCAGAACCUCCAGAACCUGGCCAUCACGGCCAACCGGAUCGAGAUGCUCCCUCCGGAACUCUUCCAGUGCCGAAAGCUGCGGGCCCUACACCUGGGCAACAACGUGCUGCAGUCACUGCCCUCGAGGGUGGGUGAGCUGACCAACCUGACGCAGAUCGAGCUGCGGGGCAACCGGCUGGAGUGCCUGCCCGUGGAGCUGGGCGAGUGCCCACUGCUCAAGCGCAGCGGCCUGGUGGUGGAGGAGGACCUGUUCAACACGCUGCCGCCUGAGGUGAAGGAGCGGCUCUGGAGGGCUGACAAGGAGCAGGCCUGAGCGCGGCCGGCCCAGCACAGCCAGCAGCGGGACCGCCAGCCAGUCCUCAGGCCCAGAGGGCCAGGCCCAGCUUCUCCCAGGGCUCCCGACAGCCAGGCCAGCCUUGCAGCCGGGCAGGAGCCCGGGGCCGGUUGUGAGUCGGGCCAGAGUGAGAGGACAGUAUCUGCGGGGCUGGCCCUUUUCUCCCUGAGACUCACGCCCCCCGGGGCAAGCGGCUGUGGAGGAGAGCAAGUCUCAGUGCAGUAUUUGGAUAAUCAGGGUCUCCUCCCUGGAGGCCGUCUCUGCUCCAGGGGCUGAGUUGCCCAGAGGUCCUGGGACCCUCACUUUAGUUCUUGGUAUUUAUUUUUCUCCGCCUCCCGCCUCCUUCAUCCAGUUAACUUAUACAUUCCCAAGAAAGUUCAGCCCAGAUAGAAGGUGUUCAAGGAAGGGUGGGCUGCGUUUUCCCUUGUCCUUAUUUAGCGAUGCCACCAGGCAUUUAGUGCCCACCCAAACUGAGCAGAGUGGUCCGGGGCAAACCAGCCGUGGGGCGGUCACCCAGAGGGGCCAGGCUGGGCUCUGGCAGUGCGGUCCGUGGGAAAGCAGGCCUCCAGCUGGAAAGGCCAGGCCUGGGGCUUGCCUCUUCAGUUUUUGUGG